AUGUCACUAUACUACGAAGCAUCCGACAUUCUCGCCAAUGUCGAAGCAAAGGGUGGCUCAUUGAAGAACCGCAUUUUUGGCAAAAAAGACCUGAAAAGUUCUCCCGGCGCCAUCUUUGCUCUGGUUGCCGAAACCACAAAAUGGAGUUCGGUCUUGAAAGAAGUCGUCGAAAAAAGUGACAUCCUGAAACUCGAAAAAAAGCUGACCCCGACUCUCGCCCUGCUGUUAGCCCAUGACCUGAUUCUAGCCAAGAAGGGUGUUGCUGCUCCCAAAUCGCAUCCUCUCAAUCUCGCCAUCUCUCGUCACAAGGCGAGAUUGAAUGCUGAGUUUACCAAAUGUCGUAUCAAGGGCAGAUUCGCUACUUUGGAUGCCUUCCGCACUCACAUCAAUGCUGCUGCCGCAGAUGAGAGUGCAGAAGCGGCUGCAGAUGGUACCAAAGCUUUUCAUCCUCGAUGGGUGCGUGUGAACGCCGUGAGAACGUCCAUAGAAAAGGCACAGAGCACCUUCUUUGCCGAUUUUACCAAAGUCUCAUCGCUCAAAGAGCUCAGGACUACCCCAAGAGGUCUUUACCUGGACGAGCAUAUCCCAGGUCUUGUUGCGAUACAUCCCGGGAUAGAUCUCUCCAAGCAUGCUGCGUACCAUGCCGGUGAGAUCAUCUUCCAGGACAAAGCUUCGUGCUUCCCAGCCUACCUCCUGGAUCCUCAACCUAAGGAUGGUCAAGUGAUAGAUGCCUGUGCUGCACCAGGCAACAAGACUACCCAUCUCGCUGCGAUUCUGUCGUCUCAGAAGUCAUAUGGCCUCAAGGCUUCUGUCACGGCCUGUGAGCGCAACCCUAUCAGGGCACAAACGUUGGAGAAAAUGGUCAAACUAGCUGGUGCCGGCAAGAUCAUCACCGUCAAGGCUUCUCAAGAUUUCACCAAACUGGAUCCCCGUUCCCAAGAAUUCGCUGACGUGGGUGCUCUCCUGCUGGAUCCCAGUUGUUCGGGAAGCGGCAUCAUCGGCCGCGACGACACUGCAGUCUUACAUCUACCUUCUCUACCUUCCAGUGCCCCUGCACCUUCGAGCAAGAAGCGCAAGAGGAAGGCCAAUGCGGCUAUCGAGGUGCCAGCCCCGAUCGCAACCGAAACCAACGAUGAGCUCAGCGAAGAGACUCCACAAGCAGCCGAGCUCGAGAACGACGAAGAAAAGCUAAAGACAAGAUUGAACAACCUUGCUGGUUUCCAGCUCAAGAUCGUGCUUCACGCUUUCGCUUUUCCAGCCGCCACCAAGGUCACAUAUUCGACAUGUUCAAUACACGCCGAAGAGAACGAGAACGUCGUCGUCAGAGCUCUGUCUUCGAAAAUUGCCAGAGAACGUGGCUGGAAGAUCAUGAGACGUGAAGAUCAGGUCGAUGGUAUGAAGAGAUGGUCACGCAGAGGUGAUCCCGAGGCUUCAAAGGAAGCGCUACAAGGCAAGGAAAGUCUAGUAGACGCAAAGAUUCUUGCAGACGCCUGCAUUCGAUGCGAGAGGGGUACUGAUGAGGGUACCAUGGGCUUCUUCGUCGCCGGUUUUGUCAGGGAUCCUGAUGCUGAUCCUGAAGAAGUCAUAACGGACGCCGAGACUAUCGAAGCUGCAGACGGAGAAGAAAACAAUGAGGACGAAGAUGAUGAUGAUGAGGAGGAGUGGGGUGGUUUCGACGAUUAG